GUCAUCACCGAGUAUCUCCGACAGGGGAGAGACCUGUAUGUAAACAACACAGAUCUCUACCAUCAGCUCCUGCAUAUUGCUUUGUAUGGCUCUGCAUAGCAGAGCCAUACAAAGCAGUGUGCUUACAGUGAAGCACACAAACACAGCCCACAUACUUAAACAGCACACAGUUAACCCUUUAAUCGCUCCAGAUGUUAACCCCUUCCUGCCCAGUGCCAUUAGUACAUUGUCAGUUGCUUUUUAUGAGUACUGAUUACAGUAUUGGUGUCACUGGGGAUGUCAAUGACACCAAGCCAGUUCCCCCCCAGUUUUAGAAUGCCCGACGCAGUCCCACAAUAAGUCACUGA